UCCUCUGUAUUGCCGGGAUGGAGUGGGACUAACUUGUAACUGUACCAGACAUCAGUAUAGGGCUCUCUUAUUGAGAUUAGGGUUAUUGCUCCAGAGCUAACACUUGACACGCCUUUCCCUAAUUCUUACUACCACUGGCGAGAAUGGGCACGGCAGCGCCACGCUCUUCCAUUGGCUUAGACCGGCAGUCCCACAGGCGCUUUACUUUUAUCUCUCGUUUCCAUUGGCUGACACUGCCACGGGCUCUCCCAUUGGCUCAGCGAGUAACUGUCCUUGGUGCCGCAUCUGAGAGCCCCAAGUCCCCUUUCCUCUCCCGGCGAUGGAACCAACCGCAAUGUCCGGCUGACUGGGCGGGGAGAGGUUCGGCAGCGGCUAUCUCUGGGUCAGGAGUUAGAUGUGAAGCGCCGCUGGAAUCCAGGAACUCUGACCGUGGAGGUCGUCGACGGACAUUAAGGAAAAUGGAUAAGUACGAAUAUCUGGGCGUGCUGGGUGAAGGGAGCUAUGGAAUGGUCACAAAAUGCAGGAAUAAGGAAAACGGAAAGAUUGUUGCCGUCAAAAAAUUCCUGGAGGGUGAUGAUGACAAAUUUGUGAAAAAAAUAGCCAUGAGGGAAAUAAGGUUAUUAAAGAGGCUUCGACACGAGAACCUGGUCAGUCUGUUGGAAGUCUUCAAGAAGAAAGGUCGCUGGUUCCUGGUCUUUGAGUACAUGGACCGCACGCUCCUGGAUGACUUGGAGCAGUUUCCCAAGGGGCUUGACUACGCCAGAGUCAGGAGUUAUCUGCUUCAAAUCCUACGGGGCUUGGCCUUCUGUCACAGCCACAACAUCAUACACCGUGACAUCAAGCUGGAGAACAUCCUGGUGUCUGAUGGCAGUGUGCUCAAGCUGUGUGACUUUGGUUUUGCCCGUACCCUGGCAGCCCCGGGGGAGGCGCACACCGAGUAUGUAGCAACCCGUUGGUACCGCGCACCAGAACUCCUAGUGGGAGACUCCACAUAUGGCAAGUCAGUGGAUGUUUGGGCCGUGGGUUGCCUGGUGACAGAGAUGUUGACAGGAGAGCCGCUUUUCCCUGGAGAUUCUGAUAUCGAUCAGUUAUAUCUCAUUAUCAAGUGCCUUGGAAGUUUAAUUCCAAGACACCAGGAACUUUUCUACAAGAAUCCCCUCUUUGCUGGACUACAUCUUCCCAUAAUCACGGAAACCAAACUUCUUGAAGAACGCUAUCCCAAAAUACCCCCGAUGGUCAUCGAUUUGGUAAAGAAAUGUUUGCACAUUGAUCCGAAUAAAAGAUCAUCGUGUACUGAGUUGAUGGAGCAUGAGUAUUUCACAAAGGACGGCUUCCCUGACAGACUCGCGCAGGACUUAGAGACUCGCACUCUGCAGGACUGGAAAGGUAACCUUCCGAUACCAAACAAAUCAAAAACUGGCAAGAAGGAUAUGGAGGAAGUGAUGGAAAGCCAGAAGAGUUUUGAGGUGGAUUCAAAGGUUGAAGAUGCAGAGCCGAAGACCGGAGAUGGUAAACCUGACAGUAAAGACCUCAGGAACAAAGCAUCACAAGCUGGCUGUGAGAAAGUUGCCACACUGGAGAGAGCCCAGGAUGCUCUGAGUCAGGACGCUGGCUGCUGUGGGAGUACCUGUGUCCAGAACACACAGAAACUCAUCUCUCCAGGUCUGGGCAAGGAGCCGACCUCAAGCAACUAUCAAAAGUCAUUGGCUGUUGUCAUCGUCCCUCCCAUUAGCCAGGGCCACCCCUCUGCCCUGCGGCUAGCAAGGAGCCCCUGGACUGGAGCUUCAGGACCACCCAACUUCUGGUCCAACGGUAAGAUGAAAAGGCACAAAAACCUGCAGGGGAGUCUUCAGCAGCUGCCUCACGCCAGACCCAUCGACCUGCUCUUAAACAGCCAGUCUCAGCUCCAACACAAGAAGGCAGAUCGUUACGCCCAGCCGGAGAGAAUGGGAGAGUCGGGCAGGAAGCAGCGGGAGGCUUGGAGAUCUGAGAUGGAGCGAAUCCACUUCCCAGAUCUCAGCAGCAGGUGUCACAUUGCUGAGCCCAUCAGCACAGAAGCCAGAUGCUCCAGAGUGAGGAGGGACCCCUGCAAACAUCGUGAGUCCAAAACUCCUUCCCUGGAAGCUGUGGAGUUGAUUCACCUGCCCAGCCGUCCAACAUAAGCUCACGGGUGGACGGCGCUGUGUACAAGGCACGCACACAAACACACGCAUAGGCGUGCAUAUGGGCGCAUCCAGACUAAUACGCCAGCAGCACCAUACUCCCAGAUUCACAGCCACCUCUGUACCCACACAUGCAGACACCACAACCCCCUGCACAGAAUCCCCUCUGACAUCCUCUCAUCUGCUCACUCCCUCUUACAGAAAGCUCGAGCCAAUUUCCGCACGUACGUGUCCAGCAAAACAGCUGCUCACUUUGAGACACUAAUACACGGUGGCACACUUAAACUUGUGCACAAUAUACUGAAGUGGAAAUGCAGUCCUACAUUAACUAAAAUGCUAACGUUGGGGGAAUCUGACUCAGUGAAGAGGGACUGGUGGGCAGCAAUUUAACCAGUGAUGUCUUUUUACUUUCUGUAGGAUGUCAAAUUGUAUUUGUUAGGUUUAAUGGGGAGGAAAGUGAGUAUUUACUUCAGUACAUAUUGUGGCCUCACUAGGGUUCUGUACGGAGGGCCUGAUCCAUUGCGGGGCAGUGAUGUGGGGAAUGCAGUGAAUGGGGGCGCAGAGGUAGGCUGCAACUCUCAGGACCCCCACACUGGCAGGUUCUGUCCCUGCGACCCUGGACCAGUAGCACUGGGACUGGCCACAGCUCCCCACUGUGGCUCAGUGGGCGCACUUCCCUGCUUAGUCAGGGGGCCAGAGGUUCUAGUCCCGCUCCAGAAAACAGAGCCACAAUCCCAGGAUGGUAGUGACAUCACUGUGACAUCAAUAUCGCUCCUGCGAGGUUCUGAGGGUGCAGGGCACGGCUGGAGUUUCUCCCACCCACUGGAGCAGUCCUGUAAACGAUCCCCGCACUGUUCCAAACAAAUGCCGGGAGUUGUCCACACGAAUGAGGUGCGGCUGUACGACAGUCUGCCAUCCAAUUUACUCUUUAACAUGAUCGUGGCUGACUGUAGUUUCAGCUGCACGUUCCCAGCCACCCUCAGUGACAUAACCUUGGAAGAAGCAGAGCACAGGAACAAGAUGUUGUUCUAAGCCAGUUACGCUAUUGAUUAAACGCGUAGCUAAACUUGUCCUUUCUGCCUACGCAAGCCCAUAUCCCUCCAUCCUCUUCACAUUUUCUAUCAACAUAAUUACCUACAUUAGGGAGAGUAUAGCUACCAUUACUCACAACCUCUAUAGCCAAACUUGUAAAAAAAAACAGUAACCGUGCCAAAAUUUGCAAGCAUUUCCAAUUCAGAUUGUAACAAAGAGUCUACUUGCUGUCUCGAUCCUGUCCCUACCAUACUUUUUAAGGAUUCAUUUAAUAGUGUUCUCAGUUCUGUUUGGAAAAUUACCAACACAUCCCUUGAAACUGGAAUUUUUCCAGAUGACUUCAAAAUUGCAACUGCUAAGCCCCUACUCAAAACCCAAACUCUGACAGUGAGGUACUAGCUAACUACAGGCCGAUAUCAAAUCUUCAGAAAUUCAUUUCGAACCAGCUCAACAACUCUCUGAAUGAGAACAAUAUUAUGGAAAACUUUCAGUCAGGUUUUAGAGUAAACCACCGAAUGCAGAUGGCCCUUACAAAAUUGUCAGCGACCUUAGGCUCACCACUGAUGCCAAGAGUCUCAGUUCUAAUUCCUCUAGAUCUAGGGAGCUGCCUUCGACACAAUUGACCACAUUCUCCCAGAUCACCUUGCGAACUGGCUUGGCCUCUCGGGUAAUGCCCUUAAUUGGUUUGGUUUAUGCAUUUAAGAGAGAAUUUUUUUUGUCUGUUUUGGAGACCAAUUUUCUAAGAGAUAUGAUGUACCUUUUGGUGUUCCUCAGGGAAACUGUCUUGGUCCCCCAUUCAUCUCCUUACACAUGCUCUCCUUAGGAGACAUCAUUCGAGAGCAUAAACUUCAUUUCCACAGUUAUGCAGAUGACACAAAAUUGUAUGUCUUGGUUGAGCCUAAUGAUGAUAACACUCUAUCUUCUCUGACUUCUGGUAUGACAACAAUAAACAAAUAGAUGAGCAAUAAUUUCCUAAAACUAAAUGAAGAUAAAACUGAAAUACUUCUGGUUGGACCCAAAGCCAGAGGAGAUAAACUUGGGAACUUGGCUCCCUUGUAAAAUCAGAAGUAACAAGUCUGGGUCUUAUCCUUGAUUCAGAUUUGAGUAGAUUACUGCAAUCCCCUUUCUACUGGCCUUCUGAAGCAAUCUCUUGACAAACUUCAACUCAUUCAGAACUCCGCACCUGAGUUCUGAAUUAGUUAGACUUUUAACUAAAACCAGGGUGAGAGAGCAUAUCACUCCCAUCCUAGCUGCUCUGCAUUGUCUUCCUGUAACUUUUAUAAUUGCUGGGACUAGAGCACAUCACAGAAUCGCUUUUGUUUUAUAAUCCUGCUCGAGCUCUCAGGUCUUCUUCCACUGGCCUCUUAAAUUUAAACAAUCUCUUCAAAAGAUAAUUGGCAGGUCAGUUUUUUUAACUCCAUCCCUAAACUCUGAAACUAUAAAGGAUGCAGACUCAGUUGAUACUAAAUACCAGCUCAAAACCGAUUUAUUGAAACUUGCUUUUAACUAACAUCUUUUUGUCUUUAAUUUUCAUGUUUGUACUUUAUGCCAUUGUAAAGCACUUUGAACUACAUUGUAUGAAGAAUGCUCUAUAAAUAAAUAAUUGUUAUUACUA